CGACCAUGUUCUCUCAGUCAUUUUAGUGAUUUGGCUCCAGCAAAUUUAUAUUUCGUGUUUAAGCGUGAAUAAAUCUUUCGGUCUUUCCAUGUGUCUGCGAAUGUGAAAUUAAACAUUUUUUUAUUACGCAAAUACCGUGUAAACUUUCCGAAGAUGUUCAAACACAAACAGGAUAGACGUAAACUCUGAUAUUCGGCCCAUAUCUGGUCGUUGCUUCAUUGUUCAUUGAAGGCGAACGUACCCCGCGUGUGAACUGAUAUUUCAGUUUUUCACUUUGGCGGAAGCGGAAAAAUCCCCACUGCACACAGUUCAAUGCUAGAAUUCAUCAAGUUCAACUUAGAACUGAAACAACAACACUUUGCCAAAGUAAACGGUUUCGAUUAUAAAUAUAAAAAAUCUUUUAACGACAAGAAAAUCCAUUUUAAGAAAAUUGACAAGACAUAAUAUACGCCAAAGGAAAUAUCGUAUAAAGAACACCAACUCAGAAUUCAUUAGCGUCAAUCUAUAUCUGCGCUCUGCCUAUACGCAUAUUACAUAUAUCAGACGGGGUGAAUUAAUCAGCUGUCAAAAACAAGUAAAAGUGCAACGAGAAUUAUUGAGUGAGUCAAUCUUCUGUAAGUUGGUCAAAAUGGAGUGCAAGGACGAAACAACGGGAAAUGUCAAUGACAAACAAACAAAGGAACAGUCCAAACAACAGGACAUUGAAAAGAAAAUGGAAGAACAAAAACAACAACCCGAAAAGACAUCGCCAAAGUUAAAUCCACGAGCUGGCUUGAAGCUGGCCAAAACAAAUGGUGCCUCCAAAAAACGUGUUUAUAAAGUUGUGCUAACAGGCGGUCCAUGUGGUGGCAAAACAACUGGCCAAUCACGUCUGUGCACGUUCUUUGAAAAUUUAGGAUGGAAGGUAUUCCGUGUGCCUGAAACGGCUACCGUGCUCCUCAGUGGUGGCGUUAAAUUCUCGGAUCUCACAGAUAAAGAAGCGCCACCAACGCCAAGCACAUUCAAAUACAAAAAUCUACCAUUCGCUGCACCGGAACACAGUCUCAUUGACUUGACCGCAUCCUGUCCACGCUGCUUGGCCGAUGCUGCUUCCAAACCCAAUGGCAGCGAAGCUUUCAAGUUUCAAGAAAAUCUAAUACGUACAAUGAUACAAAUCGAGAACACCUACUUUGAGUUGGGACAAUCGAGUCUGCGUGAUUGUUUAAUUAUCUGUGAUCGUGGCGUCAUGGAUGCCAGUGCUUAUAUCUCGAAAGAAAAAUGGGAGAAAAUGAUGUCAGCGAAUAACUGGAAUCCUAUAGAAUUGCGUGAUAAUCGUUAUCAUCAGAUUUUGCAUUUGGUUUCCGCAGCAAAUGGUGCUGAAGAUUUCUACACAACUGAGGAUCAUGCCUGCCGCUCUGAAGGUGUUGAUAUGGCACGUGAUUUAGAUUACAAAUCUGCAGCCGCAUGGGUCGGUCAUCCAUAUUUCGAUGUCAUUGAUAAUUCAACAAAYUUUGAAACCAAAAUGAAUCGCCUAAUCGAGGCAGUGUGUCAGAAAGUCGGCAUCGAUAUUGGUGAUCGUCUGCUUGCCACCUCAAGAAAACUUAAAUUUCUCGUCGCCACACUACCAGCCGACUCCGAAUUUCCACCGUUUCAAGACUUCGAUGUUGUACAUCACUACUUGCAAUCCUCAGGACCAAAAGUACAAGCGCGUUURCGCAAACGUGGCCAAAAGAAUCACUGGAGCUACAUACACACAAUACGCCGUCCCAACGUGCACGGACAGUCGCGCAUCGAGGUAAAAACACAACUAACGCAUCGCGAUUACAUGAACCUGUUAGCGCAACGCGACGAUGCACAUUUCACCAUCUACAAGCGACGUCGCUGUUUCCUCAUCAACAAUCAAUAUUUCCAAUUGGACAUCUACAGAGAACCUAGCCAUCCACGUUGCAAGGGACUGAUCCUAUUGGAAACCUACUCCUCACACUCGGGCGAUGCGCUGAAAAAUUAUAUGCCCAAAUUUUUGAAUAUCGUCAAAGAGGUCACUGGUGAUCCAGCAUAUUCAAUGUUCAAUUUGUCAUUGCGCGAAGACUGGAGCACGACAAAGAAAUUCUGGCACCCAAUGCCCGAGGAAGUCACAACAGCUAAUGGCAGUAAAAUAAAGCAAUCGAACGGAGUAUCGAAUAUACAAUUGGUACUUAAUGGUCAUGCCAAGGGUUAAUAAAUUAAAUAGACAAUAUACUUUAAGAGUCAUUAUGAACGCCUUCAAAUGAUUUUGUAAGCAAAACAGAUACAUACUAUAUACUUACUUAAAUUUAUACAAACAAAAUUUUAAUAUCAUCAACAACCAACUCACUCAUAUAGAUAAUAUAGUAGAUGUAUUUUUAAAUAUUUGCAUAAUGUUUUCCCUACUUUUUUUUUUGGAAAUUUUUAAGAACAACGCUUUAAUGGUAUAUAACUGUUUUACACAGAACUUAAUUGUGAAAGUAAUCACGUGAAAUGCGAAACUUUUGUUCUAUUUUUACUUAAAAGCGCUUUACUUAAAAUAUACACAUAUAUACGCUAUACACUCAUUUAUAAUUAUGUAAUAAUACCCGCGACGUUGAAGGCUAUGCAAAGUGAUUAUUUCUUGAUCAUUAUAUAAUAGUUAUGGAGUAUGCAGCAAGUUGCUGGCAAUUUUGUGCUUGCAGUUGUCCUACUAUUUUGGAUGACUGAUUGUGACUUUGAAACCAUGCACGGACUGGGAAUGAAGUAAAAUUCAAGAAAAAAAAGCAAGAGUCAACCUCAAACUAUAUUUAAAAUACUUAAAAAAUAAUUAUACAUAUGACAUUUCGUUUUAUUUGUCUGACACAUUUUGUGCGUGCAUACUAAUAUUAAUUUAUAUUCUCAUGUAAUUGUUGCACAUAUUGUAUUUUAUCAUAAACAAACAAAAGCAGCAAAUUAUGACUGCAAAGCAAUAAAAAGCUUAAAUUGUUAAAAUAGCAAGGGAAA